GCUGCGAGGAUCACUCUGAGGUCAAAUUAAAAAGCUGAAUCUAGCAGAGAAUAAGGACAAGACAAGUGACGGAUACUUUUUUGUUUAUUCCUCGUGUCAAAGAAGGGGAAAAGUGUCUAGAUAUUACACGACAAAAAGAAAUAAUUGACAUUUGAUGGGACACACAGAAGUUUCCAGUUGUCUUCUGUCCGGAUUGAAGCACCACGCCGAGGAAUUGAUGGAGAUUUUGCCCAUUGAAAAGCUCCAUGGAAGACAACAGCAUUUGUUUAGCACUGGAUAAUACACUUACAUAUUAGAACUGCCUGAUGCCAUCGGGCAACCAAGUUCUUCAAUUGGGCUACCUUUUUAUGAUCUAGUUCUGGUGCUUUAAAGAACCCAGAAAUCAAAUCACUUAGCGAAACAACCUAUUAUGUAACAUUAAUAACGGUUUCACCUCCAAAGAAGCAUAUAGCUAGAUCCUAUUCAGUCAAAAUGCUUCUUGAUAAGAGGAGGGUUCAUUACUGAAGAACCUUCAUUUUUUAAGGGACACAUGGCGUGAAGCAGAAUAUUUACAGAAGAACUAAGUGCCUUUAUAUUUCGAAGUUGAUACAUCCUCAUCACCCUCAUCACCUUAUAGUGAAGAUGAAGAGCAUCUGGUUUGCUCUGGUGAGCUGUUUCUGGAGCUCCUGUCUCAGCAGUUCUGUGUUUGAUGGCGCUGAGCUUCAGCCGAACUUCAUGCAUCGGAGGUUACGGACUCAGGAGAAGCGAGAGAUGCAGAAAGAGAUCCUGUCUAUCCUGGGACUGAACCACAGACCCAGACCGCAUGUGAACAGCGGCAAAUAUAAUUCCGCACCUCUCUUCAUGCUGGAUCUCUAUAACACGAUAUCCACUGAGGAGAAAAGCGACGUGGAUCAGUACAGAUCCCUGAUCACCACCACAAGACCCUCUGUGGCUUCACUUCAGGACACUGAGUUUCUUCAUGACGCCGACAUGGUCAUGAGUUUUGUCAAUUUGGUGGAGUUUGACAGGGAGCUGUCUCAACAGAGAAGACACCAUAAAGAGUUCAAAUUCAACCUGUCCCAGAUCCCAGAGGGUGAGGCCAUCACAGGUUCAGAAUUCAGGAUCUACAAGGAAUGUGUGACCAGAGCAUUCCGCAAUGAGACAUUCCUGCUUCGUGUCUUCCAGGUGGUUGGGGAACACCCUGACAGGAAUCCGGAUCUGUUUCUGCUGGAGUCUCGCAGGUUGUGGGCGGCAGAAGAAGGUUGGCUGGAGUUUGACAUCACAGCCACCAGUAAUCUGUGGGUGACGAGCCCAUAUCAUAAUCUGGGUUUACAGAUCAGUGUGGAGACCAGCAGUGGCUGGAGCAUCAGUCCUGAAGAAGCAGGGUUAGUGGGGCGUGAUGGCGCUCUGGAGAAGCAGCCUUUCAUGGUGGCCUUUUUCAAAGUGAGUGAAGUCCGUAUCCGAACCGUCCGGUCCACGGGAAAACGGCGUCAUCAAAACCGCAAUCGCUCCAACAGUCCACAGGAUGCGUCAAAGGGAAUGGCUCAUACAGAUUACAACAGCAGUGAUCAGAAGAGCGCAUGCAAAAAGCAUGAACUGUACGUCAGCUUCAGAGAGCUCGGCUGGCAGGACUGGAUUAUUGCACCAGAGGGCUACGCAGCAAACUACUGUGAUGGAGAAUGCUCUUUCCCCCUAAAUGCCCACAUGAAUGCUACUAAUCACGCUAUAGUACAGACACUGGUCCAUCUGAUGAAUCCAGAGAACGUCCCGAAGCCGUGCUGUGCACCCACCAAACUGCACGCCAUCUCUGUACUCUAUUAUGAUGACAACUCCAACGUAAUUCUAAAGAAAUACAAGAACAUGGUGGUGCGUGCUUGCGGCUGUCAGUGACACGAGAGCUGUGUGCCACCCGCCCAACCACUGCACUGCAGAGAGACUAAAUAUAUGUGUGUGUGUGUGUGUGUGUGUGUGUGUGUGUGUGUGUGUGUGUGUGUGUGUGUGUGUGAGAGAGAGAACACUCAUUUUAAAAACACAAGUGUUUAUGAACAAACAAGUAUGUUUGAGAGAGAAUAGAUAUUCGUGCUGCUUUUACUCAUCUUCAUACACACAGCCAGUUCACAUAAGUUACAUAUUUCAAAUCCUUUAAAAUGCCAUGAGGAUGAACAGAUGAACCUAUAAACAGAACCUGAUGCCAAAUGUCUAAAAUAGACCAAACACACACAGAAAUGUAAAUUAUGAGCUAACAUUCAGUCUGUAUUUAAUAUUGUAUUUGACGAACCAAAUCUUAAAGGAAAAAUCUGUCAUUAUUUAUUUACCAUCUUCUAUUUAAUUUCAUACGUUAUUUUUUCUGAUCUUUUUGUGCUAUUUGUAGCUUGGCAGAUGUGGUCACUAUGAACUUUGUAUAGAAAAAGAUAUGUAAAGAUUCUUCAAACUUUCUCCUUUUGAGUUCCACUAAAUAAUAACAGCAUAAAGGUUCGUAAUGACAUGAGGGUGAGUAAAUGAUGACAGAAUUUUCAUUUUGAGAGAAAUAUUACUUAAAAUGUAACAUUGGAAACUGUCAUAAUAGUGUGUCUUGAUGCACAGAAGACACAUUUUCUCCUUUUUUUUUGUGUAUUUUCAGUCAUCCCUAAACUCACUUGAACCCACAAGACUAUUUUAGAUCUCAACAAAAUCUAAUUAUUUUGAGUUUCUCAAUAUUUGCUCUCCACUAGCUGUGGUUUGCAUUCGUGAGUCAGAGCAAGUGGUUACACACUUUAACAGAACUCAAAGAACGGAUCCAUUAUGUUGGUGUUCCGGAGACAGAAACUGCAUUUGAUGCUGUCCGACACCACAGAUCUAUAGUUUCCCAUCAGCACCUGCACCUUGGAUGGCAUAAAUCCAAAACCUCCCACAAGACGAGAUGUGCUACGGAUCAUUUCCUGUUUUUCAGCAACAAAACUGUAUUCCGCACUAUGGUCCUCUGAAGGGCUGUAAAUUUCCCAACCAUCUUAUGCCAAUAUUUAUUGUUUGUAAUUUGGUGAAACUCUUACUAUGACACUAUAAAUUUCCUUUUUUCCACUGUGAGGCUUUUAAAUGGUACAAAACAUUGAAAAGAUUUAUUUGAUGUUGCCCAGUUUUACAGUCAGCAUUAUCUCUAGAUUUAGGAAUUGAGAGGCACAUUUUGGUAACACACAGAAACCAAAUCAUUUGUAUGAUGCUCAGUUAUGUUAAAGGUUUUGGAAUGUCUGUAUUCUUCUGCCGAUAUGGAUGGAAAAUAUAGGAGUUAACUUUUCACCAUGAUAAUAUGGGACACUUGAGCAUUUUGAGCAUUCAAUAUGAGAAGGAAAUCCUCCUCAAGUGCUGUGCCCGCCACAAUAUGGAUCGUUUCGCUGACCGUCCCUCAAGCAUCAUGGCGCUAACAUACAGCACAGCUGGCAACCCUGCCAUCUAUGGAAGCUAAUUUACUCCACAUUGGGGGAAAAAUGAUUUAAGUCAUGUCAUAAUUAUGAGAUAAAAAUAGAGAUAGUGAAAAUUAUAUAUUUAUGAGAAUCAUAAUUGAGUCAAAUUUAUGAGUCAAAAUUAUAAUUAAUGAUUUGAGUGAAAAAGUUUGAGAUAAUUAUGUUUUCAUGUGGUGAUAAUGGGCUGUCAUGAUAAUCAGUGCACAUCCCUUUCUGUUGGAUGGGCACAUGAACCAACUAUCAAUCUUGGAGCGCCUCAAUCAUUAUUUCUUUUCACAUGACAUUCCUCACAGAUUGAGAAGAGUGAAGCAGCUAGAGACAAUAUAUUUAAAGUUAUAUUUACCCAUUUCUUUUCUUUAUGUUUUCAAAGGUGCACUGAAACUGAAAACUAUUGAUUUGAAAUGAGGCUGCAUCCAAGCCACUAGGUGGCAGUGCAAGUUCAAGAUCACACAAAGACAAAAGUUACAAAGUGCACCUUUAAAGAAUAGGCCAAUUCAAUUUAAUUGUAAUUU